AUGCUCAGAAAGCUGCACUCCCUCUUUAACCCCGGCCCGCAGAGGAAGGCGGAGGUGGCCGAGAGUGCCUUCUACGACCGAGCCAGCCCCGCGGUGAGGCUGACCCUCAGCAGCUCCAUGUACGUGGUGGGGGACCACGGGGAGACGUUCAGCGAGUCCUUAAAGAAAUACAAAAGCACCGGCAGCAUGGACACCAGCCUGUACUACCUGCAGCAGGAAGGGGACCGGGCGUGGAUGUACUCCCGCACCCAGGACUGUUUGCAGUACCUGCAGGAUCUGCUGGCCUUGCGGAAGAAGUACCUCUGCAGCCUCCAGGACCUGAAGCCGCACGGCGCCCAGGGCGUCUCCUCUACCUCCUCCAAGUCUUCCAAGAGGGCAGAAAAGGCCCCUGGCCAGGCCACCUCCCAAGAAAGAAAGAAAGCAACCGCAAAGAAAUACUCCCAGUUCAGCGCGGAUGUGGCGGAGGCCAUGGCCUUCUUUGAUUCCAUCAUUGCAGAGCUGGAUACAGAGAAGCGGCCGCGGGCUGCCGAGGCGGACCCUCCCAAUGAGGAUGUGGACUUUGACGUGGCCACCAGCUCCCGGGAGCACAGCUUGCAUUCCAACUGGAUCCUGCGGGCACCACGCCGGCACUCUGAGGACAUUGCUGGGCACACCGUGCACGUGACAGAUAGCCAGUUCCGAAGGAGCGUGGAGCGCAGGACCUUCGGCACUCAGAGGAGGCUCGAGAGGCACCCCAUUUACUUGCCCAAGGCUGUGGAAGGGGCAUUCAACACCUUGAAAUUUAAGCCCAAAGCCUGCAAAAAAGACCUGGGGAGCCCCAGACAGAUCCUCCUCAACUUCUCAGGAGAAGACACGGAAUGGGAUGCGGAGCUCUUUGGCCUGGAGUCCCUGGUGUCUCCGGGGGAGGACUACCACGAGACAGAGAACCCCAAAGGGCAGUGGCUGCUUCGAGAGAAGCUGUGGGAGCGGACAGUGCCCUGA